CAACAGAGAGCUCAAAAUCUGGAACCUCUAGCUGCUUUCAUAUAAGCUGAUGAGUAAUUAAAAAAUCAAAAAUCCAGAAGAAAGCAGAACAUGGCAAUGAGAUCUGUCGUUUCAAGCAGUGGAGUUCGUCGUUUAAUGGAAGGUGGUCGGCGAUCAACGGUUUCCGGCCUUCGCUACUUAUCCGACGACAAAGGUCGAAUUUUCAGUGAAGAAGAACGUGCUAAAGAGACCGUUUAUAUUAAGAAAAUGGAAAGGGAGAGGAUGGAGAAGGCGAGGAAGAAAGCUGAGAAGGAGAGAGCUGAAAGAGAGAAAGCUGGCAAAAAGGCUGAAGAAGAGGCUCAUUAGAGCUGAAGUUAGUUAUCUGCAGCUUUUCCCUUCAGGUCUUGUUGAUAGAAAUAAUGUCUGCUGACCGCUCCUCCUCGAGCUUGUCCUUGUACAGAAUAUGGUUUAAUUAUAAUAAUCUCGCUUUUAGUUUGUUCGUGUCGUGUAUAAUGCUUGUAAACUUGCUAUUUUCAUGAUCGGCUUUCUUUGGUCUAA